AAUGGCAACUCUUAAGGAAAAACUGAUUGCACCAGUUGCAGAAGAAGAGGCAGCAGUCCCAAACAAUAAGAUCACAGUAGUGGGUGUUGGACAAGUUGGUAUGGCGUGUGCCAUCAGCAUUCUUGGAAAGUCUCUGGCUGACGAGCUUGCUCUCGUGGAUGUUCUGGAAGAUAAACUCAAAGGAGAGAUGAUGGAUCUGCAGCAUGGGAGCUUGUUUCUUCAGACACCUAAAAUUGUGGCAGAUAAAGAUUACUCUGUGACUGCCAAUUCUAAGAUUGUGGUGGUAACUGCUGGAGUUCGCCAGCAAGAGGGAGAGAGUCGUCUCAAUCUGGUGCAGAGGAAUGUUAAUGUCUUCAAGUUCAUUAUUCCUCAGAUCACCAAGUACAGUCCUGACUGCAUCAUAAUUGUGGUUUCUAACCCAGUGGAUAUUCUCACAUAUGUUACCUGGAAACUAAGUGGAUUACCCAAGCACCGUGUGAUUGGAAGUGGAUGUAAUUUGGAUUCUGCUAGAUUUCGUUACCUUAUGGCUGAAAAACUUGGCAUUCAUCCCAGCAGCUGCCAUGGAUGGAUUUUGGGAGAACAUGGAGACUCAAGUGUGGCUGUGUGGAGUGGAGUGAACGUGGCCGGUGUUUCUCUCCAGGAACUGAAUCCAGAAAUGGGAUCGGACAAUGAUAGUGAAAACUGGAAGGAAGUGCAUAAGAUGGUGGUUGAAAGCGCCUAUGAAGUCAUCAAGCUAAAAGGAUACACCAACUGGGCUAUUGGGUUAAGUGUGGCUGACCUCAUUGAAUCCAUAUUCAAAAAUCUAUCCAGGAUUCAUCCAGUGUCAACUAUGGUGAAGGGGAUGUAUGGCAUUGAGAAUGAAGUCUUCCUAAGCCUUCCAUGUAUCCUGAAUGCUCGGGGAUUAACUAGUGUUAUAAACCAGAAACUGAAAGAUGAUGAGGUUGCUCAACUCAAGAAAAGUGCAGAUACCCUCUGGGACAUCCAGAAGGACCUCAAAGACCUGUGACUUCAGGCUUCUAGGCUGUAGAAAUUUAAAAACUACAAUGUGAUCAACCAUGAGCCUUUAGUUUCCAUUCAUGUACAUGGAUUACAAUUUGCUUUUAUCUUCCUAAAUAUGUGAAUCUGGGCUCACAGAAUCAAAGCCUAUGCUUGGUCUAAUGCUUGCAAUAUGAGUCACUGAACAAAUAAAACUAUUGUAGUGUU